AUGGUCGACGACGGCUUCACGAAGGAGCACGGCUUCGACUACGACGUCGUCGUCGUCGGCGGCGGCUCCGGCGGCCUCGCCUGCUCCAAGGAGUGCGCGAAGCUCGGCGCCAAGGUCGCCGUGCUCGACUUCGUGAAGCCGUCGCCGGCGGGGUCGACGUGGGGCCUCGGCGGCACGUGCGUCAACGUCGGCUGCAUCCCGAAGAAGCUCAUGCACACGGCGUCCAUCAUCGGCGAGACGCUCAAGGACGACGCCGCCGCCUUCGGGUGGAAGGACGCCGCCGCGGGCGCGCACGACUGGGAGUCGAUGAAGUCGACGGUGCAGGACCACAUCAAGUCGCUCAACUUCAAGUACCGCGUCGCGCUCCGCGAGGCGGGCAUCACCUACCUGAACCGCCUCGGCGAGUUCGAGGACAAGAACACCAUCUCCCUCACGGACAAGAAGGGCAACAAGACGUCCGUCACGGCCGCGCGGUUCAUCGUCGCCGUCGGCGGCCGCCCGAACAAGCUCGGCUGCCCCGGCGGCGAGCACGCCAUCGACAGCGACGACCUGUUCUCCCUGCCCAAGGCGCCGGGCCGCGUGCUCUGCGUCGGCGGCGGCUACAUCGCGCUCGAGUGCGGCGGCUUCACGGCCGGCAUGGGCUACCCGACGACGUGCAUGGUCCGGUCCAUCCUCCUCCGCGGCUUCGACCGCGAGUGCGUCGGCAAGAUCGAGGCCCACAUCAAGCACCACGGCGUCCAGCUCCAGGUCGGCGUCACGCCCGCGAAGAUCGAGAAGGACGCGGCGACGGGCGUCCUCACGGUCACGGACUCCGGCGGCGGCGUCCACGAGUACGACACGGUGCUCGUCGCGACGGGCCGCUACGCGGACACGGCGGCCCUCGGCAUCGACAACGUGCCCGGCGCGUCGGCGAACGUGAACGCGAAGACGAAGAAGCUCGAGUGCGUCGACGAGCAGCUGCCCGGCGCGCCGCACGUCUACGCGAUCGGCGACGUCGUCGAGGGCCGGCCCGAGCUCACGCCCGUCGCCAUCGAGGCGGGCCUGCGCCUCGCGCGGCGCCUCUUCGGCGGCAAGACCGAGCCCAUGGACUACGAGUGCGUCGCGACGACGAUCUUCACGCCGCUCGAGUACGGCACGAUCGGGCUGAGCGAGGACGACGCCAAGGCCCAGCUCGGCGAGUGCAACGUCGAGUCCUACAUCAGCGAGUUCGCGCCCCUCGAGUACGCCCUCAGCGAGACGCGCAGCGAGCGCGGCGACGGCUGCUUCGCCAAGCUCGUCGUCGACAAGAGCACGGGCAAGGUCGUCGGCUUCCACUACCUCGGCCCCAACGCCGGCGAGAUCACCCAGGGCUUCUCCAUCGCCAUGCGCAAGGGCGCGACCUACGCCGACUUCAUCUCCACCGUCGGCAUCCACCCGACGGUCGCCGAGGAGUUCACGUCCAUGACCGUGACCAAGUCGAGCGGCGAGUCCGCAGCCAAGGGCGGCUGCUGAGGC